CUUUUGUGCAUUGAUGUGUGAGAGCGGUCUGUCUACUCACGUGCUGCGUAGCAAGUCUUGCCGUAAAAGGAAAACCCUAACCAUCACAAAUUCGCCGCUGUAUUGAUUAAACAAGCACAACGGCAUCGACAUAGGUAGGUUUUCCACAACACAUACGCAUUUUGCCCAAAGGUUGUUAAGUAAUAUCCGCAAAAAGAAAAUUUUCUGGGUCCUUGGAACCCGGAACAGAACAAUGUUGCUGCCACAGCAAACCCAACCAGGAUGUGUGGAGCGCUUAGUCAAUCUGCUGAAGUCGCCGAUUAGACCGAAACAUAUCCGCCUGUCGGCUGUCCUCAUCUGCAUAAAUCAAUUCUUUAUUGCGAUUAUACUACUGUUCAUCGUAAUUUUGGCCUAUAUUCACAUCGAGGAGGCCAACUCCAGAGCUAUUGCUGACAUGGAGGACCAGCGGGAGAAUGCCUACUACAGCUUGCCGGAUUUGAUUUUAAAUCGACUACGAUUCCACUUGGCCAGUGAUGUGACCAUGACAUCACGUGUUUUUGCGUCUAUAUUGGUGUGUUGCUCCUCGGUAUACUUGCUGAGUGCGGUAGGUUUGCUAAUAGGAAUUUACAAGAGCCGUGAGGAAUUUGUGCUGCUUUGGUUGGUGUUGCAAUUCCUUUUCUUCGUGGCAGGAUGUGUUGUCAUUUUCUGGGUUUCUGGCUGUGAAUUUGUCGAACACACAAUCGGAAAAGUUUGCUUCUUCUUGAUGUCGGGGGCCGUACUAUUGAGUGAUGCAUCGAUGUGGUACAUCAUCUACUGUUACUACCAUAGCAUACGCUUAAUGAAUAAAUUGCGAGAAAUAGCAACAGUCGCCAUACCCUGUCCACCACCAGGAUCUGUGCCGUUCCACUUCCGGCGUGAGAACAUGUACCUGGGUAGUAAUGGAUAUAAGCACAUAUUGUCCGAAGCCCCUGACGGCAAUUAUUGAUCUGGAUGGCAUGUUGUCCACACAGUACCAACUUUAAUUAAUACUACAUUUCAAACAGAAUGUUUGUUAUUAAGGGGGUUGCCCAAUUUAUUUAGACGAGCGAAGGUGACAUACACAACGACUUGGCAACCACUGGCUAAAGCAUACAUGUGGAAAUUGAAUUAUGGUGUGAUAUUUGAAUUAAGUCAACAUUAAAUAUAAUAAUUAGAUAGCUAUAGCUGAUUGUACAACACAUGCACCACAAGCUGUCGUAUAUACAUUUACUUGCAAUUGUGUGCGUGUGUGUGUGCGUUAGAAAGUAUUCGUACGUUAGUUGAUACGUAUGCAGAUAUUUUAACUAUGAACACGAACCAACAGCAACAAACAGUAAUCUUUCGAUCCAUCCAUCCGAUGGGUUUCGGCGAUCCAGCAGUAGUCAAUGCACUUAGCAAUUACACAUACAAUGUGAAUGUAUCGAAUAAAUAUCAAAUGAAUAUAUCCUUAAAAAUAAAGCAGUGUUAAACUCGAAUAAACGAAGGAGCCUAUUACAAA